AUGAAUCUAAAUAAAAGCAGUUCACAAGAUGUAUACAAUGCAUCUAACAAUUCUUCGGUUUCAUUAACACCUAUUCUCUCCUCUGCAACUCUUUCAACUAGUACAUCGUUACCAUCAUUCAAUUCUCGCGUUGUUGAUGUGAGUAUGGCAUUGUCAUCGAAACUUCAACUGGCAUAUUAUAUUGCAAUUGCAUUGACGGGCCUUGUUGGCAAUACGACAACAAUUAUUGUCUUCUCACAACGACGUUUACGUUCAUUACGCUCAUCAUUCUUUCUCACAUGUUUAGCAAUCACUGAUCUUAUAUUCAUACUGAUCUUAGUCAUCGCUUUUCUCGAUGAAUUACGUGCGCCGGUAAUGACUAUACCUGUCUGUAUGAUUACAAUUUACUUAAGUCAUAUAGCAUCGUUCUUAUCGUCGAAUUUUACAUUGGCUUAUACGAGUCAUCGUCUUAUCGCCGUGUUCUUUCCAAUAAAAGCAACCAAUUUUCUAAAACAACGUACGAAUCGUAUACUUGCCAUCGCUUUAUUAAUCUUCGCAUGUUCAUUUUAUUCAAUAUCAUUUCCUGUAACAACAACCAAGUUUCGUUCAAAUACGACAAAUAUUGUCUCAUGUGAAGAAGAUCGGGAUAAACCGUUGCUAUUUCCAUUUCUUGUUUUGGAUACUUUAUUUACAUUUAUUAUCCCAUUCUCGUGUAUAGCUUGUAUGAAUCUCGCCAUCGUCUAUAAACUCAAUUCGAAAUUUACCUUCUCGCAAAAGUCGCCGCUCUCGAAUAUCUCCACACCUGGCCUGUCGCUUUCAGCAAAAACAUCAAUCAAUUCAUCCGGACAAUCAGUAUCCGAUGCUGUUCCAUUAUCGCAAAUGAAUAAUGGUAACACGACAACAAAUAUUAAUACAAUUAGCACAUCAAAAAAUAGUAGUCAUAAUGAAUUGAAUAAUCUCAGUCAACAACAACAGCCGGCACAAGACAAUUUUCAUUUAUCUGUUCAGCCAUUACAACGACAGAAUCGAACAAGACGAAACCAUUCGUUACCAUGCGCUUUUGCACCAAGAAACGUUCCAUUACAAGAUUUGAAUACAACAGUUCGCAUACGUUCGACUCAAUGUCGUGCAACGGCUUCGGCCAAAACAACCAAAAUGUUAUUAGCAGCAUCAACUGUUUUUCUUGUGUUUAAUUUACCUUAUCACUUAUUAUUGUUCUGUUUCCUAUUUAUUCCACAUCAACCAGCAUGGAUGCUCGAUGCUGUCAAUAUUGCACGUCUUUGGUUUUUUGCAUCGUUCUGUGUGAAUUUCUUCGUUUAUACCAUUUGUGGUCAACGAUUUCGUAGUGAAGUUGUUCGUCUGUUCAGCUGUCUGACACUUCGACGAUAUAUUUUAUUACGCAAUCAAAAACCAUUACAGGACCGUCAGAAUAGCAUUUAUUUGAGUCAUCGUCUCUUACCAGUACCGUCAACGCGUUUCUCACAUUCAAGCUAA